AUGGGUUCAAUAACAGUGGAUCAAGCUCCCCCACUACAUAAUUGCCCCGCCCACUCCUCUUACCCCCACCAUCGGCAGCGAGACCUCAGAGACCACGCCGAACUUGGUCAGUCUCUCUUGAGGAGUGAUACUGUGCUUGUCGUACGAGUUUUAACAGCGAAGACCAUGCGUCCCAACAACUUGAUUAGGCGGCAACGCUCAAUUAGAAAGUGGCGGAGGAUCAGCUCUUCUGUCAGGAGUAGAAGAUUGGCGGUGAGCCGUGGGGAACUGAGAAGGCAGGUUCGCCAUGAACCAGGACUUUUCCCCAUCCUGUUGCUUCUGGCGAACGUUACCCUUGAUGAUAUAUUACCCGACGAACACUACGACUUGGGGGCCGAGGACGAAGAUGUUGGAGCAGCCGCUGCCGCUGCAGAUGGAUUGGAAGAAUUCCUACUUCCAGAGCGUGUCAGGAUGCUGGUGGAGACUGAAAAGUCGCCUUCGUUCUUCCAAGAGCUGGAGAAAUACGCCUGGAACCCGCAAGAUUGUUCAAGGAACAUCCAUUUCAAGGAGGAGUUCCCGCUAACUUGCUUCCGGUCAACGUCCACCGGGGCAGCCGAUGCCGUGAGGGGAAGAGUUGGAUUCAGCCAGGGAAUCCACAUGUGGGCGAUCCACUGGCCUGCUGAGCUCCGUGGCUUGCACCCUAUGGUGGGUGUGGGUACAAAAGCCGCUGAUCUACACGGCAACGGAAUCAAUGUAAGUUCUACAUGUCUACAACACAGAUUAUGUGGAUAA